CACAUAAUCAAAGGAAAAAAACGACAAGUGAAAAUCUCUUUUAACGUCUCAACUUUUGACGAGUAAAAAACUGCGAUUUUCGCGAUUAUAAUCUCCCGAUCCGUACUCGACUUGUGGUCAUUUAGUAGCCCGUCUUCAGCUAUGUUUUAGUUGGGUUAAGUUUUACGAAAUUUGAGGAAGAUAUUAGUGUUAUUCGGCGUCUACAGAAGCGACUAAUUCCGCUGCCCCACCUAUGCUCUAAUCCAGUACUUUACCGUUUCGAUUAGUGUGUGCCCUCGAAUAUAGUUCUUUUCUGUUUGUCACCUUCGGCUUUGCACGAUAAUGGAUUGGUGAACGGUGUGAUGUGCUGUGUGUUACGCGAUGGCAAUUAGUUUGAACAGAACUAUCUUGGUAAUACAUUUUGAGGAAUACUCAAACCAAGAGAAGGUCCAGUGGAAGAGAAAGAACUUGAACACAUCAGAAGAGAAAAAUCCCCUCAUCGUCUAGAAAUAAGGUGGUCUCUAGGACUGUAAACGAGUGGAGUCUGGAAAAAUUAUGCCAACACCAGCCAUUAGCGCCAGCAUCAGUAACAGUAAGAGCAGUGGCAGCACCAAAACGAAGGAAAUGUUUAUCGUGCGGGCUCUGGAGAAGAUUCUCAGCGACAAGGACAUCAAGCGGUCCCACCAUUCACAGCUAAAACGGGCCUGCGAUGCGGCUUUAGAGGACAUCCGGGAGGAGCUGAAGGAAGCCGGCCAGAGCGAACACAAUGGUGAGGUUCCGGUCCCAUCGGCAGCCCUACCGCUGCCGAAAAACGACUCGGCCAACACCAUCAACGCGGAGAAGUAUUUCCUGCCGUUCGAGCUGGCAUGCCAGAGCAAGACACCCCGUAUCGUGGUGACGGCACUGGACUGUCUGCAAAAGUUGAUCGCCUAUGGACACCUUACGGGCAACAUUGCGGACUCCUCCAACCCGGGAAGGUUCCUGAUCGAUCGGAUUGUCACGACCAUCUGCAACUGCUUCAUGGGACCUCAGACGGACGAGGGGGUUCAGUUGCAGAUUAUCAAGGCGCUGCUGACGGUGGUGACCUCGCAGUACGUGGAGGUUCACGAAGGGACGGUUCUGCAGGGUGUGCGAACCUGCUACGAUAUCUAUCUGUCAAGUAAAAAUUUGAUCAAUCAAACCACGGCACGAGCAACGUUGACGCAGAUGUUGAACGUUAUUUUCACGCGCAUGGAAAAUCAAGCUUAUGAGAGUGUCCCCAGUGUGGCGACGGUGGCAACGGAAGCUACGUCUGCAGUGAUGGCUUCCGCUUCGACGGUGACAGAGGAGAAACAUCCGGACUACGAUAUGGUGCGAGGAGUGGUAGACGAAAUUGUGGACAAUGUGAUAGCCGCUGCGGCGGCAAUUGUCGAAGAAGGUGUUAAAAAUACACCGACCGAGGUCGAUGCUGAAACGAGAAGCAUCGGAGGAGUUUCGAAUGGUGGGACGGAUAGUGCUUCGAUCGCAAGAGUUCCUUCACAGGAAAGCAUGGAAGUGACAAGUGAGAACGACAGCAUCGUGACGGCGAAAUUCACCCACAUUCUGCAGAAAGACGCCUUCCUGGUCUUUCGUGCUCUCUGCAAGCUUUCCAUGAAGCCAUUGCCAGAGGGGCAUCCAGAUCCGAAGUCGCACGAGCUGCGCUCGAAGAUUCUCUCCCUGCAUCUCCUGCUAUCUAUUCUGCAGAACGCAGGACCCGUGUUUCGUUCGAACGAGAUGUUCGUCAUGGCUAUCAAGCAAUAUCUGUGCGUGGCGUUGUCCAAAAAUGGCGGAAGCUCAGUCCCGGAAGUAUUCGAGCUGUCGCUCUCAAUAUUUGUUGCACUGCUGUCAAAUUUCAAGAUGCACUUGAAGAAGCAGAUCGAGGUGUUUUUCAAGGAAAUUUUCCUGAAUAUUUUGGAGGCUCCGAGCUCAUCCUUCGAGCACAAAUGGAUGGUGAUCCAAGCGUUGACGCGGAUCUGCGCGGAUGCGCAAAGUGUGGUUGACAUCUACGUCAACUAUGAUUGUGAUUUCUCUGCUGCGAAUCUGUUCGAACGGUUAGUGAACGAUUUGUCCAAAAUUGGGCAAGGAAGGCAAGCCCUCGAUUUGGGAACGUCUGUGAAUCAGGAGAAAUCGAUGCGAAUACGUGGGCUGGAGUGUUUGGUGUCAAUUUUGAAGUGUAUGGUUGAGUGGAGCAAGGAUCUGUACGUGAAUCCGAACUCGCAAACGACCCUCGGAGAUCCGGCACCGGUUGCGGCGGUUACGAGCGGUCGCAAUCCGGACGAUGCUCCGGAUCCGCUGAAGUCCCACGGGGGAUCCAGUGUGAGCAUUAACUCGGUUGGGAGUACUAAUACCUCCGGAGGUAAUCGCGAAGUGUUGGACCUCCCGGAGGAACUGGAAGAACGGAAGCAACGGAAAGAAAUCAUGGAAACCGGAAUAGACAUGUUCAAUCGCAAGCCGAAAAAGGGGAUUCAGUUUUUGCAGGAACGGGGUUUGCUGGAGAAAAGUUUUGAGAACGUGGCGAAAUGGUUGCAUGAAGAUGAUCGCCUGGAUAAAACCCAAGUUGGGGACUAUCUCGGUGAGAAUGAUGAGCAAAGCAAAGCUGUGAUGUGCGCCUAUAUCGAUGCUAUGAAUUUCGCGGAAUUGGAUAUUGUGGCUGCUUUGAGGUACUUUUUGGAGGGAUUCCGUCUUCCGGGCGAAGCACAGAAGAUUGAUCGUUUGAUGGAAAAGUUUGCUAGUCGAUACUGCGAUUGUAAUCCUAAUAACACCUUGUUUGCUUCGGCAGACACUGUUUAUGUGCUGGCGUUUUCGGUUAUUAUGCUCACGACGGAUUUACAUUCUCCCCAAGUGAAGCACAAAAUGACGAAAGAGCAGUACAUCAGGAUGAACCGAGGCAUCAGCGAUAACAAGGACCUGCCGGAGGAAUAUCUGUCGCAGAUUUACGAUGAGAUCGCAGGUCAUGAGAUUAAAAUGAAGAAUACCAUCGCGAGCAAACCGGGCAAGCAGAUUAUAGUGAACGAAAAGAAGCGAAAACUUUUGUGGAACGUAGAAAUGGAAGCCCUCUCGACGACGGCGAAGAACUUGAUGGAAUCCGUUUCGCACGUGAAGGCUUCCUUCACAUCAGCCAAACAUCUAGAGCACGUAAGACCCAUGUUCAAGAUGGCAUGGACCUCAUUCCUGGCCGCAUUCUCGGUUGGUCUCCAGGACUGUGACGAUCCGGAAAUAGCGAGUCUUUGCUUGGAUGGCAUUCGUUGUGCGGUCCGAAUUGCGUGCAUUUUCCACAUGACGCUCGAGCGGGAUGCGUAUGUGCAAGCGCUGGCCCGCUUUACGCUGCUAACCGCCAACUCACCUAUCAACGAGAUGAAGGCCAAAAACAUUGACACCAUCAAGACGCUCAUCAUGGUGGCACACACGGACGGAAACUAUCUUGGCUCUAGCUGGCUGGAUAUCGUCAAAUGUAUUUCUCACUUGGAGCUUGCUCAACUCAUUGGCACAGGCGUUCGGCCAGAGUUCCUUUCCGGGCCGGCAUCUCAUCGAGAUGCGUUGGAUCCGAGCGCUAAGGAACACAUUGGUGAAACCAGCUCACAAAGUAUUGUGGUAGCGGUGGAUCGUAUCUUCACCGGAUCAAUCCGACUCGACGGUGAUGCCAUUGUGGAUUUUGUGAAAGCACUGUGUCAGGUUUCGUUGGAUGAGCUAACGCGACCUCAACCACGGAUGUUUUCGCUGCAAAAAAUUGUCGAAAUUUCCUACUACAACAUGGGCCGUAUCCGGUUGCAGUGGUCCCGUAUUUGGCAGAUACUUGGCGAGCACUUCAACGCCGUGGGCUGCAACACCAACGAAGAAAUUGCCUUCUUCGCGCUGGAUUCCCUCCGGCAACUCUCGAUGAAGUUCAUCGAGAAGGGAGAGUUUACGAAUUUCCGCUUUCAGAAGGAUUUCCUGCGACCAUUCGAGCACAUAAUGAAGAAAAACUGUUCCCCGGCGAUUCGCGAUAUGGUUGUGCGCUGCGUUGCACAGAUGGUCAAUUCGCAGGCACACAAUGUAAAAUCCGGCUGGAAAAAUAUAUUCUCUGUGUUCCAUUUGGCAGCUGGAGACAACGACGAAGCGAUCGUAGAGUUGGCGUUCUUGACUACCGGGAAAAUUAUCACCGAGUUGUACCAGACACAGUUUCCCAUCAUGAUAGAUUCGUUCCAGGAUGCGGUGAAAUGUUUAUCAGAGUUUGCCUGUAAUGCCAAAUUUCCCGAUACCAGUAUGGAGGCGAUAAGACUGGUGAGGACGUGCGCUCUCUGUGUGAACGAUGCGCCAAAUUUAUUUGCCGAGCAUGCUGGCAUGGAGAACGAUGUUUCGGUUUCCGAGGAAGACAGAGUUUGGGUCCGAGGAUGGUUCCCCAUGUUGUUUUCCCUGUCAUGCGUUGUGAACAGAUGUAAGUUGGACGUGAGAACCCGAGGGCUAACAGUGCUUUUCGAGAUUGUUAAAACUCACGGAGACGCUUUUAAGCCAAACUGGUGGCGUGAUCUCUUCAAUAUUCUAUUCCGUAUAUUCGACAACAUGAAGCUCCCCGAACAUUACACCGAGAAAGCUGAAUGGAUGACUACCACUUGCAACCACGCUCUGUACGCUAUAAUUGACGUGUUUACACAAUACUUUGACAUUCUCGGCCCGAUGCUGCUGAAGGAUUUAUAUUGCCAGCUGCAUUGGUGUGUACAGCAAAAUAACGAGCAACUCGCCCGCUCCGGAACGAAUUGUUUGGAAAACUUGGUGAUUUCCAAUGGACUUAAAUUUAACGAGGACACAUGGGAUAAAACCUGCCAGUGUAUGCUGGACAUAUUCAAUAGUACGUUGCCAAAUGAGUUGCUAUCAUGGAAACCUGAUCCACUUCCUCAAACUAUGAAUCCCACAGCUCAGUAUUCGCAGAGUUUGAACGGUGAUCUACCCCGGCAUGGAAUCCUCAAGCGCUCACCUUCGCAGCAUUCGGUCUACAGUCAGCACGAGUUGCAGGAUCCAUCUGCCAAAGUAAACGACAUGAAUCACACUUCCAUUCUGUUCUCCAACCUUCUGAUAAAGUGCGUUGUCCAGCUGGAGCUGAUUCAAACCAUCGACAACAUCAUAUUCUUUCCAGCGACGUCUCGCAAAGAAGAUGCCGAAACACUUGCCCAGGCAGCGGCUGAGCUGUCGCACAGCACUUGCUCUAAUUCCAGUUCCGUGCUGAAUCACUCGAUUUCAACCGAAGAAUGCCAAAGGGAGGAACAGGGAAUGUACAGCUACUUGAACACACCCCAUCUGCUGCAGCUGAUCGAUUGCCUUCUGCAGAGCCACAGGUUCGCGAAGAAGUUCAACUCCAACCACGAGCAGCGAAAUGUGCUCUGGAAGGCAGGCUUCAAGGGUUCCAUCAAACCGAAUUUGUUGAAGCAGGAAACUCAAUCGUUGGCGUGCGUACUGAGGAUUCUGUUCAAGAUGUACAGCGACGAGAGUCGCCGAAGGGACUGGCAGGAUAUCGAGAAACGACUGAUCGGAGUGUGCACCGAGGCACUGGACUACUUCCUGUCGCUGCAGAGUGAACCUCACAGGGACGCGUGGACAUCGUUGCUGCUGCUGGUGAUGACCCGGUUGCUCAAGAUGCCGGACUCGAGGUUUGCUGCCCACAUCUCCAGCUACUACGUGCUAAUGUGUGAUUUGAUGUGCUUCGAUCUGAAACCGGAGUUGCGGACCGUCCUGCGGCGGGUAUUUUUGCGCAUCAGUCCAGUGUUUGGGAUCACCAGCAGUGCCAAUGUCGUCACCUAGUAUCAGCGGAAGAGUGGUGCCUCAGUACUCGUGGCAUCGUCAGCUCACCACCAGCAGAACCGAGAUGCACGGAUUCCUCUCAUCCAUCAGCAGCAAUCGCAGCAGUCAUACGGACGGCGAUCGUUUGGCGUAGGAGGCUUAAGCUCAAACAGCAUCAACAGCCAUAGUCGGCGCAGCAGCUUCGCUCCAAAUGGGGGCAGAAAUCGAGAUCCCACAGCUGUCUUUCCAUCCGGCCCAUACCAGAUGUGUCCGAACAAAAAAUCAAGGUUGUAGUCACUUUUGCUGGAAUUUUUACCCUAACUCUGUGUUGUGUAUGCCACUGUUAUCGAAGAAUACUUUCUAGGGAAGAUUUUUUUUUUAAUUUAAUAUAAAUUAUUAUCCAUGUAUGGAAAAGUCCCAUGUCACUGACGCUGCUCUGGUGCAGGAAUCUGUGUUUCUCGAAACAAUCAGUUGUUUCUCAGCUCACAGAAAUUAAAUUAUUUAUCGACGAUAGCGUCUUCAAAAUUCCAUAUUCCAAAUUGAACAAUUGUAUCUAUUUUGGAGCUGAUAUAUCAACAGCAUAUUAUACGAAUAAUAAUUUGAGUAGUAUUUUAUGUCAUCACGUGAUAAUACGCUUUUGGACAUCUUUUCCGUCACACCUCUACUUUUCGAAAUCGAUUUGAUUUUCUAAGAAUCAACUGUAAAUAUAAGUAAAACCACGAUAUAGGGAAACAAAUCGGGUGCAAACGAAAACCACACUAAAAGUGCAACCGUUUGGUUGAGUUGUUUGUUUGGGCAGCGUUUUUGGAUCUAUUUUACGAUCGCGUGUACGAGUAAUCGAAGGACAAACUCUGUGUCUUCUUCUAUUUGUGAUUAUUUCCAUCAUCAACUGAUUUCGUGCAGUUUUGCAUUCCUAGCAGGAGGAGAUGUUUUAGACACUGGAGCGCAGUUAGAGUGUAGAAGAUUAGAAGUCAAGUAGUGUUGAUUUUUCAAAUGGCAAACUCUGAAAUCAAAAUAGAGGUUACAACCUUUUUCUGAUGCACUAUCGUAAAAGUAGAUUUAUCCUAACGAGUGCCGAACUCAUACGGCACGAAACCUACAUUUUGAAAGCUUAAAUAGUUAGUGUAAAUGAACAAACAAACAAAAAUACUUGCAAUAGAUUCAGUCUUGCUGGCAGAGUUACGAGGACGGAAUUAGAACUAUUAAUAUAUUUAUAGUCAGGAUGUGUUACUGAUAGUGGAAAAUCAUGCAACCUAAAGAUGUACGUAUGAGAAACUGCACUGCUUAGAGAUUUACAAUUCUUCUGUUUGUUUUGUGAAACGCAAAAAGACACAAUGAAUGAAGAGAAAUAGAAAGAGAGAAGCGAACGAAAUAUUUUGUUGUUGUAAUACACAUGGUGAAUAUACAGUAUAUUAUAAACUUAUGCAUAUUAGCUAUAUUGAAAUAAAACGCUAGUGAGGUGAGUUGUAUUUGAUGAUUAUCUUAAA